UCCGAUCCUUCUUUCUCAUAUCUUCAUUCCUUUCAGAUCUCGAUUCUACAGAAUUUCAAAUUUUGAUAAAAAUGGCAACCCCCGAUCAACAGAAGUUCCACGUUCUUGCCGUCGACGACAGCGUCAUCGACCGGAAGCUGAUCGAGAGGCUGGUGAAGGCGGCUUUCUCCGGCGACGAGGUGACCGUGACGGUGGUGGAUUCCGGGACGAAGGCCCUCCGGGUGGUGGAGGAAGCGGAGGUGAAUCUGAUCAUCACCGAUUACACCAUGCCCGGAAUGACCGGCUACGAUCUGCUCCGGGAGAUCAAGGGCUGCUCCGCCUUCAAACACAUCCCCGUCGUGGUGGUGUCAUCGGAGGACGUGCCGUCGAGGAUUCGCAGCUGCCUUUCGGAGGGCGCCGAGGAGUUCUGCCUCAAACCCGUCCGGCUGUCCGACGUCAAGCCGCACCUCUUGAACGCCGCCUGCAGAGGAAAGCCGGCGGCCGGACUGAAUCCCGCAAUUUCGGGAACCGCUUGAUUUAUCGGAAAUCUGGGAAUUAGUUACUCGCUCAGAGUAUUUUUAGUGUGUAUAUGUUGAAAGAAGAGUAAGGGGCUGUUUGUUUCAUCCCCUUAAUGGUUCAGAUGUCUGAAUGGUUCAGCACUUAAUGGUUCAGACUGUUUGUUUCAGCCUCUUAAUGGUUCAGAUGUCUGAAUGGUUAAGAGAUUUGCCUCUGAAUGGUUAAGUAUUAUACAGAGUCUGAAUAGUUAAGACCUCUUAUCUGAAUUGAUCAGACAUUUGCCUCUGAAUAGUUAAGCAAUAUACUAGCUCUUAAUGGUUCAGAUGUCUGAAUGGUUAAGAGAUUUGCCUCUGAAUGGUUAAGUAUUAUACAGAGUCUGAAUAGUUAAGACCUCUUAUCUGAAUUGAUCAGACAUUUGCCUCUGAAUAGUUAAGCAAUAUACUAGCUCUUAAUGGUUCAGACCUCUUACUGGUUCAGCACUUAAUGGUUCAGACCUCUUACUGGUUCAGCACUUACCCAUUCAGAAGUUGCCAAACAGCCCCUAAGAGUACAAGUUUUCUUUGUAUGCAGCGCAUAAAACGUCCAUUUGUGCCAACUUUGAAUAUAUGGAGUAAUAUUUU